GCCUGCUUAUAACAUAGUGUUCCUCCAUCUCGCUUUGAUCAGAAGGCAAAGAGCGCGAUCACACGGCAACUGCCAAAAAGAGAGGGGAAAAAAAAUCACUUCAGUCUCACAAAUCAGACUUUUUUUUCCUUUUUCUUUUUAAUUUCUUUUUUUGGAUCUCUCCUCCACCCGGUCUCUGAUGGAUUUGGCCGCCCCUCUCCUAGCCUCCCUCAGUCCCUGGCUCUUUCCUCCGGGCUCCAGACGUGCCCUGCCGCCAAGCCACCCGCCUGUUUCCGCGACGACCUCCCAGAGGACCCUCCCCAAGAUGGAGGGGUGACGGCAUUGGUGUGGACCCGGCAGGAGCCAGGCGGUGGUGUACGCACAAACAUCGACAGGUCUGAGAAGAGCUCAGCAGCAGGAGGGGGGGUGGGGGAGGCCUCUGCCGCAGGGGUUACUGACGGCAACGCCGCCACCACCAUGAUGCUCCUGUGGGUCUCUCUCCUGGGCCUGAUCUCCUGUGGGACAUCCCACCCAGGGCUCCACUCCUGCCUGGGUAACGCCACCACCCGUGCCUUCUUCUGCCUGGGCGGCAGAGUCCGCCAGACGCCGCCCGACAUCCCCAGGAACACCACCUACGUGGAGUUUAAGCUGACGCAGCUGAAAGUGAUCCCUCGUGAGACGUUUUCCGAACUGCACGAUCUGUCCCGAAUCAUGCUGUCGGAGAAUGGAGCUCUGGAGAGAAUCGGGGCACACGCCUUCUCCAACCUCUCCCAGCUGGCAGAAAUAACAAUCACCAAAUCAAAACACCUCGUCGUCAUUCACAGAGAUGCAUUCUGGAAUCUGCCAAGAUUGAAAUAUCUGACCAUUUCAAACACUGGACUCCAGUCACUGCCUGAUUUCUCCAAGAUCAACUCAGUGGCCCAGGGCUUCCUGUUUGACCUUCAGGAUAACGUCAACGUCAAAGUGAUUCCCCCGAAUGCUUUCCAGGGUCUGAGCAGCGAUACUAUAAUGGAAUUAAGAUUAACCAAAAACGGGAUCACUGAGGUGCAGAGUCACGCCUUCAAUGGCACCAAAAUGGACAGACUGUUGCUGAUGGGAAACCAGCAGUUGAGGCGUAUCGACAGCCAGGCCUUCUCAGGAGCAGAGGGCCCCGUUGUUCUGGACAUUUCGCGCACUUCCAUCAGCGUGCUGCCGGAGAACAUGCUGAGGAGGCUGAAGAUGCUGACGGCCUCCUCUGUCUACACCCUGAAGAAGCUGCCCAGCCUAGACCUGUUCACCCAGCUCAUCAGAGCCAACCUCACCUACCCCAGCCACUGCUGCGCCUUCAUCAACUUCAAGAAGAACAUGUCAGAGAAGCACCCUCUGUGCAGCAUGCCCCAGAUCGAUCACGACAUGCCGUACUGGUACCAUGAGCACUGUGUGGAGGCAGCGGAGGUGUCCUGCCACCCCCAGCCAGACGCCUUCAACCCCUGCGAGGACAUCAUGGGCUCCGCCUACCUGCGUGUGCUCAUCUGGGUGAUCAGCGUGCUGGCCGUGGCGGGAAACUCCGUCGUGCUGGCUGUGCUGCUGACCAGUCGCUACAAGCUGACUGUACCGCGCUUCCUCAUGUGCCACCUGGCGUUCGCCGACCUCUGCAUGGGCGUGUACCUGCUGCUCAUCGCCUCGGUGGACGCGCGCACCCGCUCGCGGUACUACAACCACGGCGUGGACUGGCAGACGGGGCCCGGCUGCGGCGCCGCCGGCUUCUUCACCGUCUUCGCCAGCGAGCUGUCGGUGUACACACUGACGGCCAUCACGCUGGAGCGCUGGCACACCAUCACCUUCGCCAUGCGGCUGGACCGUAAGCUGCGGCUGGGCCACGCCUGCGCCGUCAUGCUGGCGGGCUGGGUCUUCGCAGCCCUGGCGGCGCUGCUGCCUACCGUGGGCGUCAGCAGCUACAUGAAGGUGAGCAUCUGCCUGCCCAUGGACGUGGAGACGCCACUGUCGCAGGCCUAUGUGGUCACCCUGCUGCUGCUCAACGUGGCCGCCUUCCUGGCUGUCUGCGUCUGCUACCUGCGCAUCUACCUGACGGUGCGCAACCCCAGCUUCGUGCCCGCCAGCGGCGACAUGCGCAUCGCCAAGCGAAUGGCGGUUCUCAUCUUCACCGACUUCCUCUGCAUGGCGCCCAUCUCCUUCUUCGCCAUCUCGGCCGCGCUCAAGCAGCCGCUGAUCACCGUCUCACACUCCAAGGUGCUACUGGUGCUCUUCUACCCCAUCAACUCCUGCUCCAACCCCUUCCUCUACGCCUUCUUCACCAAGACCUUCAGACGGGACUUCUUCAUCCUCGCCAGCCGCUUCGGCUGCUUCAAGACGCAGGCGCAGAUCUACCGCACCGAGACCUCGUCGGCGCAGAACGGCGCAUGGGCGCCCACCCCCAAGAUCAGCGAUGGCACCCUCUAUUCCCUGGUCCCCAUCAGCUACCCAGCCCCACUGACCUCCGACCUAUGACCCACAAAAAACCUCUUCUCUUUGAACUGACACACCAACGACGACACCCUCUACUCCCUGGUUCUGAUUGGCCACCCCCUAUUGACCUCUG